AUAUAUCAUAUAGAUAUCACCGAUUCAUCUAUACAUUUUCUUCUUGGGGAGAACCAAAAUUGAAGCCAUGGGCGUCGAUUACUACAACAUACUCAAGGUGAAUCGAACGGUUAGCGAUGAAGAUUUGAAGAAAGCUUACAAGAAAUUGGCCAUGAAAUGGCAUCCUGACAAGAACAUUGCUUCAACUGAUGAUAAAGUUGCUGAAUCUAAGUUUAAGCAGAUAUCUGAGGCUUAUUAUGUUCUUAGCGACCCCAAAAAGCGUCAGAUCUAUGACUUGUACGGGGAAGAAGGUCUGAAAUCGGGCCAGUUUGAUGAAUCGUCUCCUACUUUUAGAGGUACAACCAAAUCCAGCUCCAGGUUUAGGUUUGAUCCGCGGGAUGCUGAUGAGAUAUUUGCUGAGUUUUUCUAUGGAUCUGACGGUGGUGGUGGGAGGAGGAAGGGGAAUCCCGGUGGAGUGUUGAAGAAUUCUAACCAGAAGAGUGUUAGGAAAGCGGAGACGGUGGAGAAUAAGCUGAGUUGUAGUUUGGAGGAGCUUUAUAAAGGUUCCAAACGUAAAAUGCAGAUUUCGAGAAUCGUUCUUGAUGAUUCCGGCAAACCAGGGACUCUUGAAGAGAUAUUGCCAAUACAUAUCAAACCUGGCUGGAAAAAGGGAACGAAGAUCACAUUCCCUGAAAAAGGAAACCAAGAACCUGGUGUUGCUCCUGGAGAUCUUAUUUUCGUGGUUGACGAGAAGCCUCAUGACGUAUUUAAGAGAGAUGGAAAUGAUUUAGUCUUCACGAAAAGGAUCACGUUAUUGGAAGCGCUCACAGGAAAAACGAUCAAGGUGGUGACUUUGGAUGGUAGAAAUCUCACAAUCCCACUAACCGAUGUCAUCAAGCCAGGCCAUGAGGAAGUGAUCCCUAACGAAGGAAUGCCAAUCUCUAAAGAACCUGGGAAGAAAGGGAACCUGAGGAUCAAGAUUGAUAUCAAGUUUCCUUCGAGGCUAACCGGAGAGCAAAAAUCCGAUCUUAAGAGGGUCUUGGGAGGAGGAGGCAGAGUUGAUGACUAAUAUCUGUUUUCAACUUAUAAUAGAAACUGUGAGUACCUCUAACCAUUGACAAUGGAAGUGCAAUCAAAUGUACAUACAUGGAUAACUUUCUUGGUAUUAUCAGAGAGAAAAUUGUGCAUAGUAGAAACACUUUGAAGUCUUGUUGCCUAAUAUUAUUUUAUCCCUAGCUAACUACUUAAUAAUCUCCAUUUGAAAAUCUGUAUAUCGUAAAGCAGAGAGGCUAUGUUUGUUCGUAUUUGUACUUUGGGUUUGAACAAAUGUUGUGUUCUUAUCUGUCCCACAUAUUUGUUUACCUUAGUUAUUAAAUUGUCUACUAAAUCAUCUUUGUUAUUA